AUGACCGUGGACAUGGAAAAGUGUAAACGAAUAGUACAAUACUUCUGGGACCCAGAACCCAGAAACGAUGUACCUGCGGCGUCGAUAUGGUGUCUGGGUAAGGAGUAUGCCCCCCGGCAACCAUCCAGUGACCAGACCACCAACAACCCACAUAGCCCUUCAAGACAGUCCGAUGCUAGCACAUUAAAUGACACAGCAUGGCCGAAGGCAUUUCUCUUCGAUUUCGGAUCGAGGACUUGGAUCACAUACCGAUCAAAUUUCACACCGAUUCCACGAACAAACACACCAGAAGCAACAUCCUCGAUGACACUGGGGGGUUUUACAUCAGAUACAGGGUGGGGCUGCAUGAUCAGGUCUGGACAAAGCCUUUUGGCAAAUACCUUUUCAAUUCUAUUACUAGGACGAGACUGGCGUCGAGGGGAGAAAGUGGAGGAAGAGUCGAAGCUAAUAUCAAUGUUCGCCGAUCACCCGGAUGCUCCAUUCUCUAUACAUCGAUUUGUCAAUCGUGGUGCAGAAUCAUGCGGGAAAUAUCCAGGUGAAUGGUUUGGGCCUUCAGCAACUGCUAAAUGUAUCCAGCUACUUUCCACUCAAAGCAAGAUCCCCCAACUCAGGGUCUAUGUAACCAAUGACACAUCGGAUGUCUAUGAAGACAAAUUUGCAUACGUGGCCCACGAUGGAUCAGGUCGAAUUCAGCCAACACUCAUCCUGAUUGGAACCAGACUGGGGAUCGAUAAUGUCACCCCGGCGUACUGGGAUGGACUCCGAGCUGCACUGACAUAUCCCCAAUCCGUUGGCAUUGCAGGUGGACGCCCAUCGGCAUCGCAUUACUUUGUAGGGGCUCAAGACUGUCAUCUCUUUUUCCUGGAUCCGCAUACCACCCGACCUGCAACAUCUUAUCGACCAGAUGGGCUUUACACCCAGGAGGAAUUGGAUAGCUAUUACACCAGCCGACUGCGGAGAAUCCAUAUCAAGGACGUGGAUCCCAGCAUGCUCAUUGGAUUUCUCAUCAAGGAUGAAGAUGACUGGGCUGACUGGAAGAAACGAAUUCAAUCCACGCCUGGACAGCCUAUUGUGCACAUAUUCCCUGGUCAGCACCAGCCGGAUCAUGGUCAUGGUCGGGCCGAGGCUCUGGAUGAAGUCGAGGCGCUGGACGAUUCAGAUGAGAUAUAG